AUGGCCAAGGCUGACGCAUCCGACGCCGGUUCCUUUUCCGGUGCCAUGUUCACCUCCGAUCGCCUCAACGAGAUUCACAUCAAGGACCACGUACCUGUCAUCCUCGACCUCGACUCGCCGUCCUACAAUGCAUGGCGCACGUACUUCGCGCUGCUGUUCCGCUCUUACCGUCUCAUCGAGCAUGUUGACGGGAGCGUUGACAUCCGCGACAUGAAGGACGACGACGAGUGGCUCGCUGUGAGCGCCUGCAUCGUCAAGUGGCUCUUCCUCACCAUCUCCGGCAGCCUCUUCAACAUGGUGAACGCCCGCGAUCCGUCCGCGUAUGCUAUGUGGACGCGCCUGUGUGAUCUCUUCCUCGACAAUCAACCGCAGCGCCGCGUCUUUCUUUAA